AAAAAAAAAAUCAAAAUCGCGAAAACUGGGCGUUCCGAAUAAAUCAACAUCAAAGCAUCUCGUUCGUUUCUGUUCUUGUGCCAUUAAAUUUUUCACCAUCUUCCACCUCCAACUGCACUAGACAGCUAUCUUCCACCUUCCUUGUCCAGAUUUCUCUUUUCUAAUUCUCUCUAUCUGUCAUUUCCCUGAAACCCAAAACAAUCUCUGAAGAAACCAGAAAAAAAGGGAAUCAAAUCACAAAAAACCUAUUUUAAAAUCUCAGUGUUGACUAUCAAUGGGUUCUUCUGCUUCAAAGACCGCUUCUUCAGUUUCUUCUACUUCUUCUUCCUCUGCUAGGUUUUCUUCACCGCCGACCAAAUAUGGCUCCGGUUCAUCGUCUCCGGCGGUGCAGAGAGCUUUUUCGUUUCCGACCCCGUUGGUUCACCAUCCUCCGGCUAGAAAAGGCGACACUCAUCACCUCGUUUCCCUCACGUCUACCUCGUACGGUUCUCUUCUCCUCAUCGAUGAAUCCAAAAGCUCAUCCGACCAACCUUGUAUCUCAAUCGCUGGGAAGAACGCACCAGAUCCGGUCUCUCCUGACUCUGUCAUAAACACUUGGGAGCUUAUGCAUGGCUUAGACGACGAAUUCGAAUUCGAAAUCCCCAAACCCGGUAAGCGUGAUUCCACUCUAAAUUCGGAUUUUUGCUCCAACCCCGACCCGAAUCGGAAUGUGGGUUUAAGUGUGUCUGCGUCGAAAUUGGACGAGUCUUACGAGUUUGUGAGAAUCGAAGAAGACGAUGGUGAUUGGGUUCCGUUGUCUUAUAAACCUAAGCAACCUUUAUGGAAGCAUUUGUCUGAAGAAUCAUUUCUAUCUGAUUUAGAUCCCAGCAUUGUCUCAUCUUACAAGAAAGCUUUGUCUUCUAAACAAUUAAGCAAUCAGCCUAACUCUAGGAACCCUCUUAGACCUACAAAAUCCCUCUCUUGUAGCCCAUCAUCGAAUCCAAACCCGUCUAUCUUAAUCAGCGACGCACCAAAGUCUGUAUCCUCUAGUCAACUGAUUCCAUCACAGGUUAAACCGAGAGUACCCGGAAAAGAAGACAAGAUUGUGCUCUACUUCACAUCACUCCGAGGUAUUCGAAAGACAUACGAGGAUUGCUGUUGUGUUAGAGCGAUAUUGAGAGGGCUUCAAGUCACUGUAGACGAACGCGACAUCUCCAUGGAUUCCAAAUAUAGGAAAGAGCUUCAAAGUGUGCUUAGCGCAGCAGAGAAACCUGUUUGUUUGCCUCAGGUGUUUAUAGGAGAGACACACAUUGGUGGCAUAGAGGAAAUUAUGCAGCUAAACGAUGGUGGGGAAUUAGGAGAGAUGUUGAAAGGUUUCCCUGCUUGUGAACGCUUGGGGACAUGCCGAAGCUGCGGGGAUGCAAGGUUUGUGCCUUGUACUAACUGUGAUGGUAGCACCAAAGUGUUUGAAGAACAAUAUGAUCGGUUCACUCGAUGUCCUAAGUGCAAUGAGAAUGGAUUGGUGCGUUGUCGUGGGUGUUGUGUUUGAUCAGAAGCUGUGUGGGUGGGAAAUGGGAUUUAGACUUGAGUUAUGAUGUGAAAUUGUGAAGAGAAGAAGAGAAAGAGUUGAUGAAUCUUUGACUAAAGAUGAUAAUUUGGUUAGUAUUGUAUAUUGUUGAAAUAAGUAAGUGGCUCAAGCCUUUUAUGAUUAUUACUCUCUUAUGAGUUUAUGUUCUUUUGUUCCAUAGUUGUUCUUGCUCUUGACCCUUUUAACAUUCUGAACUAAAAUGACUAUUAUUACUA